AUGGAACCUUCACCUCCGAAGGAUACGGCUUCUCUUCACAAGACAAUGGGUUUAUUUGCUAAUUACUCAAGAUGGAUACCCAGUUUUUCAGAGAAAAUCUGCCCUCUCUCACAAGCUAAAGGUUUUCCUUUAUCUACUGAAGCAUUGCAAGCAUUUGGUAACUUGAAGAAAGAUAUUGCUGGUGUGGUGGUAAUGGCCAUAGAUCCCUCAUCUCCUCUCAUGGUGGAAAUGGAUGCCUCUGAUCACGCUAUAGCAGCUACUCUAACCCAGAAUAGUCGCCCGGUGGCUUUCUUCUCCUGCACUCUUACUCUCAUCAUUGACAAGCGCAGUGUAAAGUUUAUGUUUGAUUCUAAAUCCAACAGUAAAAUAAAGAAUGACAAAAUAGUAAGAUGGCGUGUGGAACUCUCAUGUUUUCACUAUGAUAUUGUGUAUGGUCCAGGACCAGAAAACCUACCAGCUGAUGCUCUCUCCCAAAUCUAUGGUGCCACUAAUACUGACAAGCUCCAAGAACUUCAUGAAAUCCUAGGUCACCCCGGUAUAACUCAUAUGAUAAAUUUUGUCCGAUGUCAGAACCUACCUUACUCAGUAGAAGAAGCGAAGAAAAUUACUGCCUCUUGUAAGACGUGCUUGGAGCUUAAACCAUGAUUCUUCAAAUCAUCUGGACAACUCAUCAAAGCAACUCAGCCAUUCGAGCAACUGAACUUAGACUUCAAAGGUCCACUACCAUCUCAAUCUAGUUGCAAGUACUUACUCACGGUUGUUGAUGAAUUUUCAAGGUUCUCUUUUGCUCUCCCUUGUACUGACAUGACUACAAGAACUGUUAUCAGUUGUCUCGUGCAACUGUUUGCCAUGUUUGAUAUGCCUGCAUACAUACACACUGACAGAGGUACUUCCUUCAUGUCUGCAGAGCUGAAGGAUUUUCUGAUGAAGAAAGGUGUAGCUACCAGUCGUACCACACCUUAUAACCCUCAAGGGAAUGGACAAGUGGCUAAAUACAACGGCAUUAUUUGGAAGACUCUAACAUUAGCAGUCAGAACAAGAAACCUUGAUGUGUCUCAGUGGGAAACUGUUCUGCCAGAUGCACUCCAUUCUGUCCGCUCAUUGUCGUGCACUACCACAAACUGUACCCCUCAUGAACGUUUUUUCCCGCAUAGUAGGAGGUCCACUACUUGGCUCAUCCAAGGAGGACCUGCUCUCCUUAAACGCCAUGUAGGUACGACACGGCAAGAAUGA